UCACACAAGGUUCAUACAGCUGGAAAACCGCUGAUGUUUUCCCGCGGCUCAUCGGAAAGAACAGCAGAAGAUGUGUGGACCCCUGCGCAAACGUACCGGCGGUGACGGGGUUAACGGUCACGUGGUCGCGGUGGUAUUAUCAACCCGAGGCGUCGAUAGUGUGGAGACAGAAAAGUACUGAGGACAUAGACGUGGAUGCGAUCCAGAGGCAGCGGCGCCAUGUCCCCGCAGCGCACACCGGAACCGGCGUCCAGGCUCGCGCUCGGGAUGCAGACCGUUUUGCUCGUCGGCGUACUCGCGCUGCAAAGCUUCCCCCGCGUGGCGUGUCCUCCAGCGCGCGAGCUCAGCGGAUCCAGAGCGUCACAGGUCUCUGAGAAGAUCCCACUCCUAAAAGCAAGGAGGGCAGUCUCACAUUCAGAAGCCUUGCUGAGGAUGGGGAGUUUACCCGCCAACACGUCUACUUCAGGGAACCAACCACGCUGUGGCGUGCCAGACUACCCCCCCCAGAGAAAAGUCCAUCAUCCGGGUCUGCUCCGACAAAGACGCUUUGUGCUGCACGGAGGACGUUUGGACAAGACGGACCUCACCUACAAGAUCGUCAAGUCUCCCCCGCACAUGGGGGAGGAGAAGGUGCGACGGAUCUUCCGGGAAGCGCUAAAGAUCUGGAGUGAUGUGACUCCACUCACAUUCACCGAGGUCCGCAGCGGGAAGACUGACAUCUCAAUUGACUUCAGAAGGUACUGGCAUGGAGACAACUUGCCCUUUGAUGGCCCAGGGGGCAUUCUUGCACAUGCCUUCUACCCCAAAACACACCGACAGGGCGAUGUUCAUUUUGAUUUGGAUGAGACGUGGACCCUUGGGAACCACAUGGGCACGGACCUUCUCCAAGUUGCUGCCCAUGAGUUCGGACAUGUCCUAGGCCUGCAGCACUCGCGAGUGCCAGGAACUCUCAUGUCCGCCUACUAUUCCUUCUCGUAUCCACUUCAGCUUAGUGAGGACGACAAGCGAGGCAUCCAGUACCUGUAUGGUGUUCGUCCACAGGCCACGCCCCCAUCCCCUGUCAACCUGGAGACCAAUGACAUUGUCUCUAUGCCCGAAGUCUGCCGGACAGACUUUGAUGCAGUGUCUAUGAUUCGAGGAGAGCUGUUCUUCUUUAAAUCCGGUUAUGUGUGGAGGAUUCGGGAUGGGCAUCUGGAAAGUGGCUACCCGGCACUGGCAUCACGGCAUUGGAGGGGGAUUCCCGCUAACAUUGACGCUGCCUUUGAGGACAAUUCCGGAAACAUCUGGUUCUUUCAAGGUGAGAAGUUCUGGAUAUUUGAUGCUGAGAGGCACAUCAGGGGUCCUGAGCCCACCAGAGGUUUGGGUCUGUCCGUGUCUGGCAUCCAGGCAGCGCUGCGCUGGGGGACUGACUCCAACUACAACACUUACUUCUUUAAGUCUGGCAGCUACUGGAGGUUCAGCCCCAGUGAGAACCGUGUGGAAUCGGUAAACCCGCGCAGCAUGCAGGAAUGGAGCGACAUCCCAGAAGACAUGGAUGCUGCCUUUAGGGACCUCUAUGGAUACGCUCAUUUUGUUCGAGGGCGGCAGUACUGGAAAUUCAGCCCCUCCGGCAUGAAGCUGUUGGAAGGUUACCCCCGCUAUGUCGGCAUCGAUUUUUUUAGCUGCAGAAAUGUAUGAGUGUGAGAACAAAACUCAUUUUGAAUUUUUGAAAUUAAGAAGAAAGACUUUUCAGAACAGAUGUUGGGACCUCCUUUGAAUCCAUUUAUGCUUCACUCCACUUUUUGAUUUUUGGAUUAAGUUUUUCCCUCUCAGGAAACCACGCAGCCUUCUUUCUGUGCAAUCUACUUUAAACAUGAGGCUGAGCAUGCCAGAUGUGUGCUACAUCAUUCCCCAACCCUAAAACAAGGCCACUGGUUGACAGACGAGCCCUGUGGUUUUGCCAGUUUGAAGGUCUGAAGGACAUGGAGCGAGCAGUCGGCUGGUGUCUAACAAAGGGAGGUUUGAGCUGCAUAAGUGACACUAAAUCAUUUCCCACUGAGUUACUUUUGAGAAGUAACAGAACAGCAGGAUGAUGAUGUGAUGUAGGAGCACCGUUUAAACAUGUUUGAAGUCUUAAACUGCCUUUAAAGUCCCACUCCGAUCAUCUUCUGAUCUAUUUUCUAAGUGUUCCCUGUUGUCUUUUACUCAUGAUGAUGAUGAUGCAGUUUUUAGCCAAAAUCCCAAAACCUGUCAUGUUCUAGGACAUAGUUGCCGAAGAGCUGCAGGAGUUUUUUAGAAAUUCACCUUUGAGUUGAAGCAAAGUAAGCCGUUCCCACUUCCCGUCAUCCGUUUGUUUACCUGCUCUCCAACUAACCCCAACUUAACAGGUAAAACAAAAAUGUUGAUCAACAAUGGAGCUAUCCAGCCGCCCGGUUCUGAUCCAGAGUCCAGCUCAGACCAGGAAAACAAAGACGUUCAUGGAUCUGUUGGUCUGCAGCAGAGCGGGGAGACUGAACGGCCACUGUAGUACCUAUGUCACUGCUACAAGCUUCUUCAAACAGCAUUUUUUUCUUCUGCUCCUGAUUCACAAAGAUCUGAAUAAGAAUAAAAAUCUCAGAGACACUUU